AUGGUCGGGGGCAGAAGAGUGCUGCUCUCGAUCGCAGUGAUCUCCGGUCUUGGUUUCGACAGCGUCCUCGGAGGUCAAUUUCGACGUCGGGAUGGGACCGUUGAUUCAGUCCAGGGCGCCGCUGGCGUCCCUGGUUCCGGCUCGUCGAGUCCAACGGACGUGGAGUCCUCGACAUGGCCGUCAACGACGGUAACCAUCGUUGGCACGGGCUCGGAGGGGUCGACCGGGAGCAGCGCGAAAGAGGAGGAAACUACGCCAGGGCUGAGGCCGCAGGCCAUCAGCUCGGGCAAGGCAGAGGCAUCGGUUAAAGCAGACCAGCGCGUCGCGACGUCAACCGGAGGCAAUUACGUCGACCCAGGGGCGAUCGGUGCGGGCGGCAGCUUGACGACAGAUACGCGUGCCCCCGUCCGCUCCGCGGAACCGACGAGGAGUUCAAUCGAGCCCGGAGCCGAGACCAACAGAGGACCGCCACCGGAGGAAACGCGCCCCCCACUAACCAAGCUACCGCCAACGCGGGGUCCGAGGCCGCAGUCAACCAGCAGUGCCGACUACAACUAUGCCCCGGUGACAACAGCUGCGCCGGCUGUAGACACUGCCGAGUCGAGGCCAACAGCGCCGCGCGGUGGUCCUCCGGGCGAGCCGCCGUCCCGAGCAAGCUCGUUUACCAUCACUCACAGGACAACCGAAACCAUAGAUCUCGGUUACGGGCCCCAGGCAUCCGGCGCCACAACCUUUGUGACUUCGGCCCGGCCCGGGAAUCAAACAUUCACUUACAUCCCUUCGGGGUCGGUCAGUUACUGCCGGCCCUCUGAGAUGACGGGUCCCCCAACGACCUGGUCCGUCGUUUACACAUCCACCAUCACCUGGUACGGCAACCCAGAAGAUUACUCGCAGCCGUACCCCCCUAUCUCCGUUCCGCAAUCGACCUCGUCCUGCGUCGUCCCCAUAUCGCCGCCGAAGCUAACCAUCUCGGUCUGCGCGUCGACCGGCGUGGGGACCCAGUACUUGACGUGUGAAGUAACGACGACGACAGAGAGCUACGGGUUCGGUGUGCAGACCAGCGUCACCCCCCAGGUCGUCUUCCUCACCACGGACAAGAAUCCCGCCGUCGUCUUCUCGACCAUCGACAAACCCGACUACGGCGUCAGCCAGGACGCCAAAACACGCGACCAUCACGCUAAUCCCACGCAGGCCCCUAACGACGACAACUCGUCUGCCGGCUACAACUCACCGGGCGAUCCCCAAGCCAUCUCCGACUCGGCUCACCGCCCGACCCCGACCCCGAUCACUGUCGCCGUGCAACCCACGGGUGUAGUCAUCAACGGCAACACGAUCCGCGACAACCCAAUGCAGCCGACCCAAGUGGUGAUCAUCGCCGGGCAGACCUUCACCAUCGACCCAACCCGCGUCGUCGGCGGCGGCGCAACCAUCGACCGCCCCUCGGCGACGGGCGGCAUCUACCUGCCCGAGCCGACCAGCACCAACAUCGAGGACGUCCCCGUCAUCGUCUCCUCCACGAUCGCCAUCAUCGGCGGCUCCUCCUUCACCCUCGGCCCCACCGCCACCACCGCCACCGUCUCGGGCAAGACCUUCACCGUCGGCCCGAGCACCAUCGCCGGCGGCUCGCAAACCCUCCCGCUGCCCACGCUCCCCUCCCCCACCGAAGUCGUCGUCGCCGGCGGCGACCUGAUCACCGCCAUCGGCAGCUCGGUGCUCGUCAUCCACGGCACGACCCUCACCUACGCGCUCACCGACGGACCCGACGGCGCCGACGCCACCACCACCGUCACGGUCGACGACGACGUGCUGACGCUGGGGCGGGGCGGGAUCACGGCGCAGGGCGGGGCGGUGACGCUGGGCGGGGCGCACGCGUCGUCGCCGCAGGACACGCAGUACGCGCUCGUCGGCGGCGCCACCAUCACCAAGGUCGGCGCCUCCGUCGUGGUCAUCAACGGCGUCUCGUACACCGUCGGCCCCGGCACGGGAACCACCACGACCGCCGUCGGUGGCGAGAACGUCACCAUCAUGCCAAGCGGCGUCGAGGUCGGCACGCUGAGCUUGCGCUUUCCGUUUGGGCCGACUACCGUCAUCACGCCUGGUGCAGGACCCGGCGGGUCGCAGGCUACGCCGACGGGUCCGGUGGAUGGGGGUGGGGAUGGGGAGGAGGAUGGCGUGGGGGCUUUGCGGCCGUGGAUGCUUGGUGUUGGGUGGGGUGUUGGCGUGGCCCUCGGUGUGGGCGUCUUGGUUUGA